AUGGAUAAGGAUGAGGACCAUGAGUGGAAAUUUUUCGAGGAUUUAGCAGAAAUGACUAUGAUGUGGGAGUCAACUAGGGAGCCCAAAAAGUCAAUUGAGUCAUCUAGCUUUAGGGGUUUGCACUCGAUAGGAAAUAGUGUGGUAACAUAUGCCAAAUCAGCUACCCUAACUAGGAGACUUGAAGCUUUACAAACUAGUAAACCUCCCAUACAAAUGUCGACGUACCCUAAUUACAAUUUUCAAAAUCCCGCAACUCAACCCUUGCACGAGUUUGUGCAAUUAGAGGCCCAAUUGAGUCAAUUAGCUAGCACGUUGUGCGAGCGAGAGAAAAACAAGUUCCCAAGUCAACCUGAGGUGAACCAAAAAUUUCCUCUCAAUCAAAGACCACACGAGAAUGUUAAUGCGAUUAUCUCUCUAAGGUCGGGAAAUCAAGUAGAUAACAAAGUAGGUGAGCAUGUGAAUGAAAAUGAAGAGUCAAUUCCUAAACCAAAUCCUUCUUUGUCAAGCCAUGUUCAUGAUAAGCCCGAAUGUUCAAAAGUCCAUGAGUCUAUGAGUGAACCUAGUCCUAGGCCCAUUUCCCAACAACCCAACGAAGAAGUUUACAAACCAAAGGUUCCUUACCCACAAAGACUAAUUCAUCCUAAACAAUCGGCCCAAAUGGAACAAAUCCUAGAGGUUUUCAAACAAGUCAAGAUAAACAUUCAUCUUUUAGAUGUCAUUCACCAGGUUCCUUCUUACGCCAAGUGUCUAAAAGAUUUGUGUACCCAUAAAAGAACCACUCAAGUUCCAAAGAAAGCCUUUUUGACCUCACAAGUAAGGUCGCUUCUCUCAAAUCAUAUUCCCGUCAAAUAUAAGGACCCCGGUUGUCCUAAAAUUUAUUGUGUCAUAGGCGAUAAAUUUGUAGACAAAGCUUUACUUGAUUUAGGAGCGAGUGUAAAUCUUCUUCCUUUCUCGGUCUACCAAGCCCUGGGUUUAGGGGAUCUCAAGACCACCAAAAUGACCCUUCAACUUGCUGAUCAUUCUGUGAAAAUGCCGAAGGGAAUUAUUGAGGAUGUGUUGACCAAAAUCGGUGAUUUUAUCUUUCCCAUUGACUUUGUUGUUCUCGAGACUCAAACUGUCUCAAAUCCUAAGAACCAAAUUCCUAUCAUUUCAGGACGACCUUUUCUUGCUACAUCUAAUGCCUUAAUUAAUUGUAGGAAUGGUUCAAUGAAGCUCAUAUUCGGAAACAUGACCAUUAAAUUAAACAUUUUCAAUGUAGGAAAAGAACCCAACGAGCUUUAUGAACAACCGAUGGAGGUUAAUGUGGUCAACAAAUCACAUGGUCUAGUUUUGAGGAUAGUGAAAUUGAGUCUCUUUUAA